CACACUGAGGGAACAGCUGUAAAGUGUGUACUGAUACUCUGCAUGUGAGACGUUGAGGGGACAUCUGUAAAUUGUAGUAUCUCCCCACAUCAUCACACACAUGAACAGACAGGAAGGAGGUGGGAUCAGCUGCUGUGUUGAGCUCAUUUUAGCAGGUGGAACAAUGGACCUCACAUCUCUGCAGAGGCUGCUCUGUCUGACUUCGCUGCUCUGCUGCACCACGAACGCAGCUGGUCUGACGGUGAGUCCCAGCAGCUCCCAGUUCUUUAAAGGAGACUCUGUCUCUCUGAGCUGUGAGGAGGACGACAGCUCUGCUGGAUGGAGGCUGAGGAGGAACACCACCAGAGACACCAGGACUCAGUGUGGAGCUGACUGGGGAGAAUCAGCUGGUUCUUCCUGUAACAUCAGCUACAUCGUCCCACAGGACAGUGGAGUUUACUGGUGUGAGUCCAGAGAGGGAGCAACCAGUAACAGCAUCAGCAUCACUGUCACUGGUGGAGCAGUGAUCCUGCAGAGUCCUGUCCUCCCUGUGAUGGAGGGACAUGAUGUCACUCUGCACUGUAAAACAAAGACCCCUCCCUCCAACCUCCCAGCUGCUUUCUAUAAAGAUGGCUCCCUCAUCACAGAGACUACAGGUCACAUGACCAUCCACCAUGUUGACAAGUCUGAUGAAGGCCUCUACAGCUGUGGCAUCAGAGGUCAUGGAGAGUCUCCACGCAGCUGGAUCACUGUCACAGAGCGACCGACCACCACCUCUCCUCCUCGUCUACCUGUGUGGCUGUCUGCUGCAUCUGUCUGUGGUCUGCUUGUAUUGAUGUUACUGGUGUUACUGGUUGUACUGGUGAAACGAUGUGUUGAGAGGAAACCUCCAGCUGAUGAAGAAGUCAGAGAAGAUGACAUCACAGAUGACAUCACAUACAGCGACGUGAAAAUAUUACGCAACCAACAACAGCCAAUCAGACGAGGCAGAGAGAGCGAUCCGGCUGCAGUCUACUCAGCUGUGAGAACAGACCACGUCACUUAUGGACGAAUAUUCAUCAGAACAAACAGGACCAGAGAGUGUCCAGCAGAGCCGGAGGUCGUCUACUCUUCACUGAGGUCAACCGUCACACCUUCACACCUGUCCCACCAGUCCCACCAGUCCCACCAGUCCCACCACUGACGUCCUCCUGCUGGUCUGUUACUGGUCCUCUCUCCAGGUUCUUCUGAUGGAAAAUUUGACUUGUUCGUGUUUGGUUGUGGCUAACCGAUCGUCACCUCUGCUCAGCGCAGAGACAACAGACCGACAGAAACCACGACCGCAGACUAUAAACAGCCUGAACGCUCAGCGCUGGAAACUCUGCAGAGAGUCUGAAGAGUGAAAUAUUGAUGAGACGUUUCUUCUCUGAACUCUGACGCUGACCCAGGGACCAGCACUCUGAGCCUGAGGACCUCUCUGUGUGGUCUGCAGACCCCUGGUUGAUCACUAGUGACCCCUGCUGGUCCAUCAGUGACCCCUGCUGGUCCAUCAGUGACCCCUGGUGGAUCACCAGUGACCCCUGGUUGAUCACCAGUGACCCCUGCUGGUCCAUCAGUGACCCCUGCUGGUCCAUCAGUGACCCCUGGUGGAUCACCAGUGACCCCUGGUGGUCAGUGAGUAAACUAGUUAAAACAUCUCAAACCCAGCUGACCUCUGUGGAGUCACAGUAGUGCCAUGAAAAAGAAUAAAUCUGUAAAAGAGUAAAUAAAUAAAUGUGGAAAUAUAAAAAGAAACAAAUAAAACAUUUACACAAAUACAUAAUAUAAUAUAAUAUGAUAAUAUAGCUUCUGCUUUUACUGUAUUGUUUUUGCUUUGAGUUGUACGAGUUGUUUUCAAUAAAAUUCAAACAUCAUAUGAAUUGGUUGUUUUACAGUGUUUAUGUCGUAAAUGUGACAUUUGAAAUGAAACGUGAUGAAGCUAACAGUUAGCCUGCUCAGGGUUGAGCUAAAUGUCACCAGUUAUCAGUCUGUUAACUCAAACACUGACAAUGAACAAGAUUAUGGACUGAGACUCGUGGUGCGUUUGAUGACCUCUAGCCAGUGUUCGUAUUGAUGAGUGAUGCUACAGAAAAGCCUCAGCUGUUGCAGUGUGUGAGCUUCAGGGUUUCCUGAUAAUUAAAACUCUGUUAUUGAUCAAGGUAAUCAAACAGCUGAGUUGAUAGGUCACACAUGAUAUAUGUAUGUGUUAUAAGUAACAAGUUUCCGGUUCGAUUCCCCAACAAUCGGACUUGUUUCCUGUCUCUCGUCAUCGUCCUGUCCAAUAAAGUCGGUCUGAAAAGGUGAGAGAAACACUGUUGGAGCCUGUAGACGGUGUUUCACUGGAAAAACCAGCUGUAGUUCUUCUUAGAUGUUGAUCAGUAAACUAAUAUAUUCUUAUCUGUACGUGAUGAAUUUGCAUGUGACAUU